AUGAUGGGAGGAAUACUAUGUGUUGCGCGGAUGUCAUCAGACAAUGGACGGAGUGGCGGAACCAAAUACCGUAUAAAAGUAGAAGAUGAGGCAAAUUGCGCAGCUGCUUCUAGUCAAGUUUGCGGCAGCACGGACGGAAAAGAAAAAGGUUCUCUUCGUCCAGUAGCUUUCAUAGCAGUCGUUUUUUCAACGGUUGCUAUUACAUCGUGCCUCAUUACAUUUCCUUUGAUAUUACACUACAUUCAAACUCUCGAGUCCCAAGUUCAAUUGGAUCUUGAAUUCUGUCAGGCACGUGCAAGAGAUAUGUGGAAGGAGAUGCUUGAUAUCGAAACUGGAGGAAAGAAAGAUGCUGCCAAAUUGGCUAACAUCGUGAUCAAUCACAGAAGACUAGCCAAACGUGACACCCUCGAAGAUUUCUGGGCUCGCCGUCUACAUGAUCAAGAGCUUCGCGACCAACCAGUUGGUUAUGACGCGCCAUCUGUUGGUGUUGAGUCAUUCAACAACGAGGGAGGUGGUUGCUGUACUUGCCACCGUGGACCUCCAGGACCAGCAGGAGACCCAGGACGCGAUGGGGCGGAUGGUGUUGACGGUACUCCUGGAGAUAUUGGACCACCAGGACCGCCGGCACCGCCAGGCCCAGACCCAAGUUCACUCUUCCCACCGCAGUGUCCAUGUGAAGCACCACCAGGCGAACCAGGACCUCAAGGACAGCCAGGACCAGAUGGCCCACCAGGAGCUCCAGGAAAUCCAGGAGAAGAUGGAAAACCAGGCGAUCAAGGACCACGUGGACCACCCGGAAUCCCUGGAGCUCCAGGUCAGCCAGGACGCCCGGGUCCACCUGGAGAGCCAGGAACAUACAAAACCGAGGUCGGACCACCAGGACGACCAGGAGCUCCAGGACGACCAGGACCUCCAGGACAGCCUGGACCUGCUGGACCACCAGGAGAAAAUGGAAAACCAGGACAACAGGGACCAGCGGGACUUCCAGGGCCACCAGGCCAACCAGGACAGAACGGAGCUCCAGGAGAGGUCGGUGCGCCAGGAGACAACGGAGCUCCAGGAAGCUGCGAUCACUGUCCACCAGCAAGACUUGCCCCAGGCUAUUAA